GCAUUGAGUUAACUUUAUGCUGCUGCCUUUAGUUUCUGGAAUUUCUUCAAAGAUUACCAAACUCUGUAAUAAUUUCUAUAACUACGAAUUAAUUUGAAUGGUAAAGUAACACUUUACUUUCCACAUUUUUCUCGCCAAUGGAAAUUCAUCAACCAAUUCUGUGAGGCGUUUAAACCUGUAUUUAUGCUUACAUUAAAAUGUCAAAAAAAUCACGUCCCUAUUUCACAAUUUACGCUGAUUGGCUGACUAGCAUGGCAAAAACUCAUGUAGCAAGUACAAAAAAUAACAACACCCUGGCCAAAAAGCUUCUCAAAGCAAUGGAUAAAAGAUCCAAGACACUACGCGACAGCAUGCCUUUUAAAGCGUGCUUAAACAUAGAUCCUCGGUUUAAUUUUGUUGGGUCGAAUCGUCUUACUGCUGAUGAAAAAAAUGAUAUUCAGAAAUAUCUUUUGGCUCUUCACAUUAGACUGAAUGACAUUGAAGGGCUAAAUGACGACAAAUGCGAGUACAGUGAUAAAGAGACGAUCUCUGAUGACUUCGUUGAAGAAUAUCUGGCGUGUUUUUUUGAAGAAAAAGCAACACCCAACUUGAAUUCUUCCAACAGCGCUGACACCGAUUCUCUUAUGGCGGAGAUUAUGAAGCUAGAAACGCGUCCCAAAGUGCCAAUCACGGAAUCACAAGGAGUUUCUGUGCCAAUGCCAUCUACUAGCUCGCAAGAUCCGUCUUCUACUGCUAAACUCCAAACAUCGCAGCCUUUUGACAUCAUGAAAUACUGGAAGCAGCGAAAGGUAUCAAGUCCCCGACUUUAUCGAAUUGCGAUGGCACUGCUGUCCAUACCAUCAACACAAGUCACCGUGGAGAGACUGUUUAGCCAUUCGCGACUAGUUCUGACAGAUUCACGAACUAAGCUAAGUGAUAAAAUGGUAAAGGACAUUUUGCUCCUAAAAAUGAACAAAAAUUUAUGGCCGGAAGUUAUUGAAAUUCUUUUGUCUGAGCUGUAAGUAGCUUUUGUAAGCGUAACUUCGCGGAUAAAGUGUUAUGUUUCCGUAAA